AAACUGCGAAGGCGAGAGCAUCAUACUAGUAUGAUCUGUGUGUUUCUAAAUCGUGUAGUCACUGUGGGGGAAACUAACGAAGUCAUUCAUAAUAGCAAAGAAGAAGAGGAGUUAUUUAGUUUUACCACUUAGUAAAACACCACAACACACUCACCAUGUCUAUUAUGUCCUAUAAUGGAGGGGCCGUCAUGGCCAUGCGGGGAAAGAACUGUGUGGCGAUCGCUUCGGACCGGAGAUUUGGCAUUCAGGCUCAGAUGGUGACCACAGAUUUCCAGAAGAUCUUCCCCAUGGGAGACAAGCUGUACAUCGGGCUGGCUGGACUAGCGACUGAUGUUCAGACAGUAUCCCAGAGACUUAAAUUCAGACUGAACCUGUAUGAGCUGAAGGAGGGUCGCCAGAUCAAACCCAAGACCUUCAUGAGCAUGGUGUCCAAUCUGUUGUAUGAAAGGAGGUUUGGGCCAUACUACAUCGAGCCUGUGAUCGCUGGACUUGAUCCCAAAACCUCAGAGCCUUUCAUUUGUUCCCUGGAUCUGAUUGGCUGCCCCAUGGUGACAGAGGACUUUGUUGUGAGCGGCACCUGCUCAGAGCAGAUGUACGGCAUGUGUGAAUCUUUGUGGGAGCCUGACAUGGAACCAGAGGACCUGUUUGAGACCAUCUCCCAGGCGAUGCUGAACGCAGUGGAUAGAGAUGCAGUGUCUGGUAUGGGAGUCGUUGUACACGUCAUUGAGAAAGACAAGAUCACCACACGAACCCUGAAAGCCAGGAUGGACUAGAGCUUCUGUUCUCCACACACUUCACCAACACACGUUUUGUAUAAAAAUAAUAAACAAUGCCUGUUCUGUCUUUUUCUUCUCAAUAAAACAUAGGUUUAAACAAUGAA